CGCCGGGACCCAGAAGCCGAGGCUUCGCGCCCGGCCCGCCCGCGCGCGCGCAGGGCUCCUGCGUUCACACAGUCUGUAGGGUGGAGCAGGAGCAGCCUGGAUGCACGCUGCGACCUUAGAUUUGUUGGUGUUAAUGCGUCUGACAUCAACCACUCAGCCAGCCGAUAUGACCCUUCCGUCAAGAUCCCCUUCGACAUAGGCUUCGAAGGUGUGGGAGAAGUGGUCGCCCUGGGCCACUCUGCCAGUGCCAGAUACACGGUUGGCCAAGCUGUGGCGUACAUGGCACUUGGCUCUUUUGCUGAGUACACAGUGGUGCCUGCCAGCAUGGCAACUCCAGUGCCCUCUGUGAAACCCGAGUACCUCACCCUGGUGGUAAGUGGGACCACCGCAUACAUCAGCCUGAAAGAGCUCGGAGGACUGUCAGAAGGGAAAAAAGUUUUGGUGACAGCCGCCGCCGGGGGGACGGGCCAGUUUGCAGUGCAGCUGGCACACAAGGCCAAGUGCCAUGUAAUUGGGACCUGCUCCUCCGAUGAAAAGGCCGCUUUUCUGAAAUCGAUUGGCUGUGACCGCCCCAUCAACUAUAACGCUGAGUCCGUCGGUGAUGUCCUAAAGCGGGAGUACCCCCAAGGUGUGGAUGUGGUGUACGAAUCAGUGGGGGGAGCCAUGUUCGACUUGGCUUUGAACGCCUUGGCUGUCAAAGGGCAACUGAUAGUAAUUGGGUUUCUCUCUGCCUACCAAACUCCUACUGGCCUUUCGCGUGUGAAAGCCGGAACGUUACCAGCCAAACUACUGAAGAAAUCGGCCAGCGUCCGGGGCUACUUUUUGAAUCAUUACCUCUCUGAGUAUGAAGCAGCCAUGGACCACUUGCUUAAGAUGUAUGCAGGUGGAGACCUGGUUUGUGAGGUGGACCUGGGCGGGCGGUCUGCAGAGGGCAGGUUCACCGGCCUGCAGUCCGUAUUCCGGGCUGUCGAUUAUAUGUACAUGGGGAAAAACACUGGAAAAAUUGUAGUUGAAUUACCUCACUCUGUCAACAGUAAGCUGUAAAAACAGAACAAUGACAUAAAUCAAAGGAGAAAGAAAAUGGGCA